AUGCCAUGGCGUCCCCACGCUUUUCAACCUACCAAGAGCCUACCUCCUCAUGAUCCCUCCCAGUGGCUCAGCGGCGCCACAACGCUGGUAGGCUCCACGGGCGCGACAUGGUCGGCGUCCCCCUCGGCCGCGGGCCUCCUCGCUCGCCAGCGUGAGGCAGAGCGCAAGAGCAGAAUGGCGACCCCGUUCCUGUCGACCCUGCUACCUAGCAACCUGCGGGCCUACAAACGGGGCUUGCCCCGGGCCCAGCAGUCCGAGUCCGUGAGCCCCAUCUUCCUCGACGCCAUGGAGAUCCGGGAGCAGGUCUUUGUGGAGGAGCAGGGCGUCCCCGCCGACAACGACGUGCGCCGCACCAUUCGCGAAGAGGUCCUCGACGCCGAGGGCAACGUCGUCGAGCCCCGCGUCAGCGACGCCCGCCGCGUCCCCGUCGGCACUAUUCGCAUCGUGCCUUUUCCGCACGACCCUCACCCCGUUAGCGGCGCCAAGUACUGGGGCGGCAAGAUGGAAGAGGGGACGGAGGAAGGGGGCAAGAAGAAGGAUACAAAGGAAUCGGACAGACAGAAGGAGGCGGCCGCCGCGGAACCGGUCCGCACCGAACUGGGCUACUUUGCCGACCGGCCCACCACCUUUCACGACGGUCAAGAACCCUACGUGAAGCUGGGCCGCCUCGCCGUCGUCAAAGAGUUUCGCGGGCAGGGCAUGGCGGGCUUCCUCGUCCGCUCCGCCGUGGAGUGGCUCCGGGAGAAUCCAAACUACUUCGACCCCAGCGUCGUGGCUAAGGGCCUCGCGCGCCUGGAUGCCGUCAACGCGCCGGUCCCACAGUGGAAGGGCCUCGUGUGCGCGCAUGCCCAGGAGCAGGUGGCCGCCACGUGGGCGCGCUGGGGGUUCCGGGUCGACGAGGACAUGGGCGUCUGGUGGGAGGAGGGCAUCCGCCACGUCGGCAUGUUUCUCCGCCUCGAGAUCGAUAAGCCCCUUCCUAGCAAGAAGGUCAUCGCCCCGGUCGGGUUCCCCGGCGAUCCCUUUGCCAAGAUGAUGAAGGCCGAGGCGGAGAGGAAGCAGCGGCGGGAGAUGGGCCUCGAGGGUGAAGCUGGGGAUGGCGCGGCUGAACAAGGCGACGUUGCGGAGUCUUAG